CACCAACCCAAGAAACGCAGCCAAAUGCCCAGACUUCGCCCAGAGUUCCUGGUUCCUGUCUCUCCUCUCUUUCCCUUUUCCCAGUGAAAGGUACACUGCUGUCUUUGUUCGUGUGCACAACCUCUUCAACAUCUCCCUCCCGCCCUCCGUUGGCUCACGUUCUUUACUAGAGAGACUUUUCUCUCGUUCCGUUCCUUUGAACCCAACCCGCCAACUCCUCACCCUUCCUCCGCCCUCGCUCGACGCGCCCAGCAUUCCAGCACUGAUCAUAUGAGACUUCGGCUUUAUCCGUCAAUUCUCACCACCAACCGUCCCGACUAAACUUAGAUUCGUUCAUACCACAGCGCCAGUCUUCGAGAGACUAGUCACGUUCAGACAUCACUGAGAAUCAGUCGCAAUGAAAGUCACCCCGAUUGCCUUGACGGCAGCCUCUGCCACGGUCGUUCUCGCUCAACCACAUAACCACGGUCACCGACACUUCCACGAGCACAAAGCCCGUGAUGUUUCCACAGUCACCAGCUGGGCUCCUGGUCCCACUGAAUAUGCCUAUGUUUUGGACGGAAAGCCAAUCUCUGCGGAAGAAGUUUGCGAGGGCAUCGAAGAUAAAGAGCUCCAAUUUGUAGAUGGUCAGGAUCCCGGUGUUUGCUCGUCUUUGACCGCCUCAACCAGCUCCUGGGUCGAUUGGACAAGCUCCACCACGUCCAGCUCGACUACCGUCAGCACGAGCAGCACCACCGCCGCCGCCUCCACAACUACCACCGCACAAGCAAGUAGCACGCCCGCCGAGUUCUGGCAAGCGCCAAGUUCGGCCAGCUGGGGCGCUUCAAGCAGCUCAAGCGGCAGCACAUGGAGCUCCGCCCAAGCAUCUUCAACUGCUUCCUACUCUGGCGGCAGCGGAGUCGAUUCUGACUUCCCUGAUGGUGAACUUGAUUGCAGCACAUUCCCAUCCCAUUAUGGUGCCGUCUCUUUGGAUUACCUUGGUUUGGCUGGCUGGUCUGGCUUGCAGCAGCUGAACAUUGUUAGUGGACUUGUCAGCAAGAUUGUAACCGGCAUUUCCGGUGACUCGUGCACAGACGGCAUGAUGUGUUCCUACGCAUGCCCGCCAGGCUACCAAAAAUCUCAAUGGCCCAACAACCUCCAGGGUUCAUCUGGCGAAUCAGUUGGUGGUCUUCAGUGUUCAAAUGGAAAGCUGCAUUUGACCAACUCCGCCCUCUCCAGCAAGCUCUGCAUUCCCGGUGUUGGCGGCGUUCAGGCAACCAACAAUGCCGGCGGUGUUGUGGCUAUCUGCCGUACCGAUUACCCUGGCACCGAAUCUGAAACUGUUCCUGUGGAGCUUCAACCUGGUGAGACGGAAGCCUUGACUGUACCUGAUGCCGCGACAUAUUAUACCUGGCAAGGCAAAUCGACGUCUGCUCAAUACUACCUCAACCCUAUUGGAUACCCUGCCUCUAAAGCUUGCCAAUGGGGCACUCCAGGAACACCACUGGGCAAUUAUGCCCCUAUCAACUUCGGUGUUGGUGCCAAGGAUGGCAAGACCUGGCUGUCAAUUUUCCAAAACUCGCCUACGACGAGCGCUCAAUAUGAAGGCACCGUAGAGUUACAAGGCAAUCUUUCCGGCACUUGCAAGUACUCGAACGGUCAGUAUUGUGGCGUCACUGGAUGUAACUCACAAGGAUGCACUGUCUCCGUCAUUUCAGGCACUGCAACCUACGUCAUCUCAAGCUAAGACCAAUGCCCGCCAACAAUUGUACACGACACGAUCUCGUUGCUUUCGACCUGCAUAUUAUGCCGGCGUUGACGUCUGGUUCUCAUAUGUCUUUUCUCUUUGUUUCUGUUGCGGCAUGAUCAGACCUUUUCGCCCUCCACAGCUGUCAACAUGGUUCAUCUUCUGGUUGUACUUCGAGAUACCCUUACCAGCGAUCUGUCGGAGGUGGGCAGAACAGCGACUUUCAGGACGAAGCGUUGGGUAUAACAGAGCUUGUUAAUAUAUGAAUCGGGAUUGAUUAGCCAUGGUUGAUGCUUCUUGGAUCUGUGUUUGCUGGCCUAGAUACGGCUUGGAUAUUGAUCGACGAUUCCAGGAUAUAGCGAGUCUGAGCAUCUGCAUGCGCUGUCAAUCGAGGGGUCCUUUUGGGUCAUGCUGUAUCAUGCUGUAGUUGUAGCGUCAUUGUUAAUCUCAAAGGGGGUUCAUGCUUUA